GUGAUUGGCGCGGCGGAGGUGCGAUGCCCACUCCGCUCGAUAGCCCCUUCUCACCUUCCUCUUCGCCUUGGGGCCGAACAGCCGCGCGCUGCUCACUAUCGAGGAGAACUGGCUGGGCCCGCGGAAGAACGGAGACGUCAGCGCCUUCUUCGUGUUCAUUUCCGCCUCUGCCCCCGCACGACGCGAGGUCCAAAUACAGAAUGUUGGUAAUUAAGAGUUAGCAAUCUGUGUCAAUUAAUUGAGCUCACAAAUGGAACCCAAAGCAGAAGCAGCAGCAGCAGCAAUAGCUGAAAAACCUGAAGAGAAAGAGAAAACUGAAACUGAAGUGUCUCCAGUGGAAGAUACUCGAUUAGAAUUUAUGUACCAUUAUUUGUCAAAGACAAUGAGAGUGAAAGCAGAUAAAUGGGCAAAAUUACUUUCUGUAGAAGAAUAUAAGACCAUUUUAUUGGAUUUUCUUGAAAAAACAGAUAUUGAAGUAAUCACAUUUACAAUAGGAAUAGGUUCCCAAUUAGUAGUAUAUGAUGGUUUCCCUGAAGCUAUCAGAUCCAAGCUUUCAUACUUCAUUCGAAGAGAAAGAAAACCCAUUACCACUAAAAAUAUAAGAAAUAUUAUAAUUUUUGGGGACUUAGCUCCCAGUCCAAUUGAUGAAUUGGCAAUUUGGGUUGAUCAGAUAUGUGUACCUCUUCUUUCUAAUCCUAAAAAUCAUGUUGGGUGGCCUCUAGUUGUUGCUGAUGAUAUAAGAAAACAUGUUCAUAAACUAAAAAAUAUUGUCUAUGAGGUGAAGGGUAAAAUUCAUGGUCAAACAUUGUUACCAAUGCCUCUAGGUGCUGAAAAAGUCUAUGAAGCUGAAACAAGGAUUCGUGAAAGCAAUGGUGAAGAUCUUGAUAUCUACUUAAAGUGUGAAAUAGAAGGAACAGUUAUCAAAUGGGCUACUCAAAUUAGUCGAGUUUUGGAAGAAGAUUCAGCAAGUGCUUUUGAAGGAGGAAAUCAUCCCACACCUGAUUCAGAAUUUUCCUUCUGGUCACAUCGUUUGGCAAAUUUGGAAUGUAUUUAUGGGCAACUCCGUGAUUUGCGUGUAAGAAAAAUGGCUUCAAUUUUGGAAUUAACUGACAGCGCUUAUUACCCUUGCUUUAAAUCUCUAUUUAGAAAUGUUGUAGCUGCUGUGGUUGAAGCAAGAGAUAUAAACAUGUAUUUGAAACCCUUAAAAAAGCAGAUAGACACUAUGAAAACUCUUGAAUAUGAUCUUAUCAAGCCUAAUUUUUCUGCAGUACUUUGUACUCUUUGCCUUAUAUGGGGGCAUAGUCGAUAUUAUUGUAACACUUCAAAAAUAGUUGUCAUUCUUAAAGAAAUUUGCAAUGAACUAAUACAAAAUGGUUGCAGUUUUCUUCAACCAGCCAGUUUAUUUCAAGGGGAUGUAGAUGAAUCAAUUAUGCAAAUAAUAAAAGUAAUUGAUAUUCUGGAAACAUUUAGAGUAAUAUUUGACCAAUACAAGGAAAAAGUUACCUCCUAUUUUCCUGAAGGAUCUGAACCUGUUCUUUGGACAUUUCAUUCCAAUGAAGUAUUUGAACGAACAGAAAAAUUUCUGGAGCGUUUAAAAUUAAUUGAGGAACUUUUCAGGACUGCUAAUGAAUACAUGAAAUUAGAAAAAAUUGAAAUUGGUGGUCUGAAAGGACGUUCUUUGAGUAUGAAAAUACAGGAAGCUUUUGAAGAGUUCUUGCAUCAGUUUGCAGUAUUUGGAUCUCUUUCUUAUGAUCCUUUGGUUCCAGAAGAUUUGAAAUUUAUUAAGGAUUAUGAAUUCUUUGAAAAUGUUAUUGAAGAUCUUGAUCGCAAAUUGGCAUCUGUAUUUUGCCAAGCUUUUGAUGAUUGCCACAAUAUAGAAAGCCUAUUUAAGUUUCUUCAUAUAACAGGAUCUCUACUAGAAAGGAAAAUCAUCAAAGAUACUUUGGAAGAUAAAUAUCAAGUUAUUCCCAAGUUAGUAGAACAAGAACUUGACAUUACCAAGAUAUUGUUUGAUGAGCAGACUCGCAUGUUUAUGAAGCAUAAAUACAUGCAAGUGGACACACAUUUUCCUCCAGUUGCUGGAGCUCUGGUUUGGAUUUAUAAAUUGAAAGAAAGAAUUAAUGUUCCAGUUGCAUUAUUCAAGGAUCUAGAUAAUCCCAUUACAGAAUCGGAAACAGCUGAUCUAGUGAUGGCCAAAUAUGAGGAAAUUUUGAGAUCCUUAGAAUCUUUUGAGAAUCAACUGUUCUCUGACUGGGCAGAAUCUGUACCAACCCGUUGCAAAGAAAACCUUCAGAAACAAUUACUGAUUAGAGAUAAAAAGAAGUUAUUACUUAGAUUGAACUUUGAUAAUGUGCUGCAAGCUGUAUUGCGAGAAGUUCGUUAUUUAAAGUUGAUGGGAAGAAAUGAUAUACCCCAAGAAGCAGAAAUGUUAUAUGACAGAAAAGAUAACCUAACUGAUUGGAUUCAUAAGCUUCAUCGAGUAAUUGGAUGGUAUAAUGAAAUGCGUUCAAUGACUCAGCCAGUUGAAUUUGACCUUGUGAUUGAAGAAAUUGAAAUGGUUGAUUUACUAAUAGAAGAAAUGCAAAAUAAACUAACUUGGAACUCAUCAGAUGCUAUUUUUUACAUUAAAGAAGUUCAUGACAUUCUCAAAUGUUUGCAUGUUCGAACUCACGAAGCUCAAAAUAAUGUAAUUCUCAUCAGUAAACUUAUGAUGGCAUGGAGUGCAUUUCCAUUAUUUAGUCGGAAGGAAAACAAGAAAGACAACCUGCUUCAUUUAGAUGACCAUGAUGAAAGGCUAGCAAAGAGGUACACAGAAGUGCAGCAGGCAGGAGAAGAAAUCUUGAAGCUCAUAAAAAGAAAUUAUCAUUUAUACUUGGAUUUAGAUGAACAGCUUGCUGAAGCCAAAAAGAAUGAUGAGCAAGAGAAUGAAGGGAAAAUACCUGUUCAAAAUAAAAGUAAUCCAUCAUCAAAUGAAAGCAAGGAGAAUGUAAAUAAUAUGAAUGAAAAUGAAGAUCUUAAAGAGGAAAGAGUGAAAUUUACAGAGGAAAAAAAAGAAAGUAAAGAAAGGGAAUGUGAGAGAGAAAUUGGGUCAAAAAGUAAUAAUGUAGAAGAAUUUGAAAACCAUCAUGGAAGAUCUAAACAAGAUCUUACAAAUGGUAGAAAAUUCUUGAGUCUUGAAAUGAGAGACACCCAAAAGAAAACAAAAAGUGAUCAAAAUGAAGAAAAAAUAGAUGAGUCAGAAAUGAAAUCACCAUCAGACAGAAACAUGUUUAAAGCAAGAUCUCACAGUGGCAUGUUGGUAUCAGAUACUCCUACAAUGGUAAAUGGAAACGAAACAGAAUCUCAUCUAAUAACAGCAGUGCAAAUUAUUGAGAAAAGAGAACGUUAUGCAGAUAAAUGGAAGAAAUAUGUUGAUUAUAUUGAUGACAUAGUGAUGAAAGGAUUGCUAAAUGCUGUUGGCCGCAGUCUUCACUUUUUUAUGGAAGAGAUGGAUGAAGCUGCUCCUCCUCACCCUUUAUUUGAAGUGGCUCUUGAAUUACAAGAACCAAACAUAAUAUUUGUACCAUCCUUGGAUUUAGAUGAUCCUAAAUGCUUUCAUUCACUCAUAGAACGUCUAUUAAAUGAUAUUGUUGUAAUAGCAGAACUUGUACCUCGAGUAAACGCCGUUAACGAAAAAAUUAUUUCCUCCUCAAGAACAUCUGUAACUUCAAAUCAGUUACCACAGCUAGAUGAUUCAAAUGAUCAAGGAAAUGAAGAAAUAAUUCUAGAUAAUGGAGAGAAGGAGGUAGUAGAAGGUAAUGAAAGUGAAGAAGAACUUGGAGAAGAAACAGAUGACGAAGAGGAGGAGGAAGAGGAAGAAGAAGAGGAAGAAUGGAAGAGUGAAAAAGAUCAAUAUAUCAAAAGGGUGUCUUCCUUUGCUAGAGAAGAAACAAAAGAUCAUGGACAAGAAGUGAAAAUUCAAAUACCUCCUGUGAAUUAUCGGGAUAGUAUUGAAGAAAACAUUGAUGUAUGUGAUAUGAAGAAUGAAACAUUGUGUCGAGUUCGUCUUGCAAUGUCUGAGGCUGUGAAAUACUCUAAUAAAUUUGAAAAAUAUGCAUAUCUUUGGUUAGAAGAUCGAAAUGAACACCUUCAAUAUUUUCUUAAGCAUGGUCAGCCUUUAGAACUUGAAGAAGAACAUGAACAGCAGCAGCAAUUACAACAACAGCAGCAGCAGCAACAACAAGAAGAUGAAAGUGGCCUUGAAAAACCACCUGGUCCAACUCUAGGACAUUUCAAAGAACAAAUUGAUUAUUAUGGUAAAUUGUAUGAGGAAGUUGAAGAAAUUGAAACAUCAAAGACAAUUUCUUCAUGGUUCAGAGUCGAUGUGCGACCUUUUAAGCAAUCACUCUUGAAUACAGUGUGCAAAUGGGGAAACUUAUACAAGCAACAUUUGGCGGAAAAUGUUGUAAAGAAAUUAUCAGAUUUAUCCGAUUUCACUGAGAAAGCUGAUUUUGAGCUGCAAAAGCCAGUCAAAGAAGGAGAAUAUGAAAAUCUUGUUAAUGUUAUUGAUAUUCUAUAUCAUGUGAGAGAAAACCAAGCAGACACUGACCACAUGUUCGAACCAAUAAAAGAUACCAUGGACUUGUUAAAAACAUACGGUGUUGAAUUUCCAGAAGAAGUGUACGUCCAACUCCAGGAGCUUCCAGAAAAAUGGGCCACAACAAAGAAAAUUGCAGCUGUUGUCAGACAGUCACUGCAACCUUUGAUGGCAACAGAAGUGAACAUGAUACGGAAGAAGAUAGUUUAUUUUGAUUUGCGACAAUCCCAAUACAGAAAUAAUUUCAGAAAAUUAAAUUUGUUCAAGUAUGAGUGUAAAUAUGUUUAUGAGCUACUUGAUGAUGCAAAUCAAAGUGUGUUUGAACUUGAGAAGGAAAUGUCUAAUCUUCAAGAACAAGCUUCAAAAUUUGAAGUCAAUGUUCCAGAUUUCAAGUUGCUAAAAAUGUGUCGACGGGAGAUUCGAAUGCUUAAGAUAUUAUGGGAUUAUGUUUUAAUAGUGAGAUGUAAUAUGGAUGAAUGGAAAACUACUCCUUGGAAGAAAAUUGAUGUUGAUUGUAUUGAAAUGGAAUGUAAAAAGUAUGGAAAGGAAUUAAGAGGUUUGGAUAAGGAUAUGAGAGGAUGGGAUGUUUAUGUAUCUUUGGAAGCUACACUGAAAAAUCUUUUGACAUCAUUAAGGGCAGUAACAGAAUUACAAAAUCCUGCUAUUAGAGAAAGGCAUUGGGCACAAUUAAUGGAAGCCACGAAGGUCAGCCGCACCAGUAUCUAGUAAACAACGAUUCCCUCAUUACACUGUAAGUAUACAUACACACCUGUCGAAGUUUCCUGGCCAAUUUGCUCCCUUGUGCUUUUUGACUUCAGAGCUUUUGUAUAAAGCUGAAUGCAGAGAAGAAUUUUUAGUGGAUUUAAAAUAUCUGUAUAAUACACAUGAUAUGUUUUCUGAUCCAAUGGCAUUGAAAUGUAUAAUCUGUU